UAGGCAUUUGUUCUAUGUUGAGGUUUCAUUUCGGUGUCAGGGUAUUUUUAAAAGACUUGGGAUUGACACCGGAAAUUAGGACCAGUUUUGGGAGUAAUGGCUGCCAUGGUAUAAAUUGUUGAGAAUGGACGAAUCUUCAAGUCAAAACCAGAUAGGGGGAGGAAUUCCCUCUUCGAGUGCUACCAAUAGACAGAACUUGGAUGAAGCCACACCGAGAGUUCAAUAUUCUAUUCCCGGCAUUCUGCAUUUCAUUCAACAUGAAUGGGCAAGAUUCGAAAUGGAAAGGUCCCAGUGGGAGUUGGAAAAAGCCGAAUUACAGGCCAAAAUAGCAUUUCUAAAUGGGGAAAGAACUGGGCAAGAAAAUCUCAAGAAUGAUUUGGUACGGAGGAUAAAGAUGCUGGAAUAUGCACUCAAACAAGAGAGAGCAAAGUAUCACAAAUUAAAGUUUGGCAGUGACCUGGUACAAGGAAGUGGUGAACCGCCACCAGGCCUGCUAGAUGAUUUAGGAGACGAUGCAGGCAGGCUCGAUGGCGGCAUUGGUGACACAUCUGCUUCCAUACUCUCCUGUACAGCUUCCAAUGCUUCUUGGAAACAGUCAAGACAGCUCCUUAGGCAAUAUUUACAAGAAAUUGGUUACACCGACACAAUUAUUGACAUCCGGAGCAAUCGAGUCAGGUCACUCCUGGGUAUCAGUGGGGGUGAAGGAAGUGGUGAGGAGGGCACUGGUGGUGGAGGGACUGCACCAACCAUCAAUGGUGGUAGUGAACUCACAGCGGCCAAGAGACCGGCUGACCAAACCCCAUUGAGGUGGACACAACCAAAGAAGAGUAUGACCUCCCUGGAGGCACAGAUCAAAGAUGCCGAGAAAGCUGUUCUGGAAAAUUUUGACUUUCUCGCUUCAGAAGCGGACAUGGAGGUGGAUGACGACGAUGACGACGAUGACCAAGAAGAAGAGGACGAGAUGAACAGGAUGAAGGGGGCGCAGAACUUGGAUGGGGACGAGGAGGGAGACGCCGUGGACUCGCUAGACCAGGACUUCAGGUACCUCAGCGGGUCUGCAGACCUCGAGGACGGCAGCGCUGCAGCUGCUGCAGGCUUUGGUUCGCGCGGUGUGUUUGUUGGAGGAGGUGGAGGGCCGGUGGGCGGGGAGGAGGACGCACUGGAGGGGCUGGGCGAGCUGGCGCAGCUCACUGUCACCAAUGAAGCUGACACGGCUUACGAUAUAUCGUCUAGUAAAGAAACGUACCGCAAGACCUGGUCGGCAAAGUACACACUUCGGUCACACUUCGACGGCGUCAGAGCUUUGUGCUUCCACCCAAGCGAGCAGGCCCUCAUCACCGCUUCUGAAGAUGCUACUCUCAAACUAUGGAACUUACAGAAAACUGUUCCUGCCAAAAAAUCGUUGUCGCUGGACGUGGAACCAGUGUACACGUUCAGGGGUCAUAUGGGACCCGUGCUCUGUCUGGCCAUCACGGGCGAUGGUGAGAAGUGCUUCUCUGCUGGACUAGAUGGAGACAUCAGAAUUUGGAACGUUCCUUCCAUUAAUGUUGACCCUUAUGAUUCUUAUGAAUCAAGUGUAGAGCUGGGUAGUCUGUCCGGCCACCUGGACGCGGUGUGGGGCCUGUGUUGCCAUCCCCACAGGCCGCAGCUGCUCUCCUGCAGCAGCGACAACACCGUACGCCUCUGGUCACCCCAACCAUUACGAGCACCGUUGCUUUCUACCUAUCAUCUCCUUAAAGAUGGUGUACCGACAAGUGUGGACUUUGUAUACGAAUCCAGUAAUCAAUUCGUGACUAGUUUCGACACCGCAAACUGCGUUAUUUAUGACCUAGAAACUGGCAAGCCCGUCACGCGCCUCGACACUGACUCUGCUGAUAGCUCGAAUACCGGCAGCAACCUAACGCGACAAAUAAAUAAGGUGGUGAGUCACCCGACGCUACCCUUGACGAUCACCGCACACGAGGACCGGCACAUUAGGUUCUGGGAUAACCACACUGGGCAGCUUGUGCAGUCUAUGGUGGCUCAUCUAGACUCCGUCACAUCCCUUGCCACUGACGCUAACGGCUUAUAUCUUCUUUCUGGCAGUCACGACUGCAGCAUCCGACUGUGGCAGCUCGACAGCAAACAAUGUGUUCAGGAAAUUACUGCUCAUAGGAAAAAAUUCGAUGAGAGCAUUUUUGAUGUGGCCUUUCAUCCCACUAAAGCCUUCAUUGCUAGUGCAGGAGCCGAUGCUCUUGCUAAGGUUUUUGUGUAAAUCUUAUAUUUAUUCCUUAAGUAUUUAAAUAAUUAGGCAUAUGUUCCAGCUGUUUCUUCAUUCUGAUCGUCUGGCGUGGCCACUACGUACGUUGUUUAACCUUCCUCCCUAAGCCCAAGCGUUUACUCACACCCAUAGGACCGGCCAGUUAUGGCGGAGUUCUUGAGGCUCAUUGAAAUUUGUACAACGAGAGAGAAUCGUUGGUACUUUGCUUAGUGCUUUUUGUGCUACUAACCUCACCACUACUAUUUUAACUCGUUGAUACUUCUUAAUUUUCCAAAAAUUCAUCGUUAUUAUCGUUCACAUGUGUAUUAUUCUGGAGCUUUAGGUGGUACAUAAGUAAUGAGUGGUGGCAUUAGUAUUGAGUCAGGGAACGCAAAUUAAUUCUCAAUUCACUAUUUUAUAUUUUAUUAGGUGUAUUGUUACGGGCUUAUUUGCUGGUGCCAUUCCAUUUCAAGCCUCGUUGUUCGCUCUUGCGCGACACUGCUCUAGGAACUCCGCUGACCGCUGUGUUCUGAAGACCCAAUCUAGCUUAGUGAUCCCUUGAGGAUCGUCGGUAAAUACGGUGUGUGCGACACUGGAUUGUGUGUACAGUGUACAUAUGCUGGGUGUAGCGAUGAGUGUGUGAACGUCUAAUCCUGUUUCCUUUUAAGUUACACUUUCCUUUAUGUCGCUCGUAUAAAGUAUCUCGAAAUUCAUUGCGCUGAUUUAUUACAUUGCUUAGAAUGUGAUGAAGUGGAAUAUUUUUAUAGCGUUAUGCUUAAAUACAAUUGAAAAUUCGGUAAUGAUGAGGCAGAAGUCACCAUUUUACUUUUUUUUUUGUUCUUCCUUGUUUGCUCGGCGUGACUUCCGAUUACAACGUUAUGCUUGCACCAACAAUUCUUCCUCUUGUCGACUAGGCCGUCAAAACGUGUGUAAACGUAUUAACUUUGGUUACUAAUACUCUUAUGACUCGCAAGAAAGUUAUAUUUUAAUCGUUAAGGAUAGUAAUGUAUUAUCGCGCAAGCGCAUCACUCCGAAGCACCCAAUGUAUCUGCAUUCGUGUCAAGUUAUGCCUCCUUUAUAUCUCUAGAAAUAUUCAGGAACUAUAUGAUGAAUCGGGUUAUUAGUUUUUAAAAUUGGGGAAUAUAAGUACCUUAAUAUCUGUUCUUAAUACUCCGUUGUUACCUGUCAUCGGUCUCUCAAUAAUAUAUUUAACAUCUACUUUUUCUUUUCUCACAUUUGUCUGGUCAAUGACUUGUUUACGCAAUGUUAUUUCUGGCCAUAAGCCUCCGAUACAAUUGGUAUGGUUAAUGCUUGUAGUAACUCUUAUAACAUGUUAGUUCGAUCCGAAUUUAUCAUUCCACUGUUUUCUGCGUGUCACUUUCGCAAAGAAAUAGCUAGAACUCGUAGCGAAAUACCGUUCAUGCAAAAAAAAAGAAAUAUUUCUUGUCCCUGUCAGCAUCCCUCAAAAUAAUUGAUGAAAACUAAUAAUAUGAGCUAUAAGUUCAUGAAUCGUCAGAUUAUGAAUCUGGUUAGUAGGGUGUUUUUUAGUGUCCGUUCUAAAUGACAUGCGCGUAGAUAUUCUGUUUGGUCCUCGGUUGUUUUUUAGUAGUCCGUAAUCUGCCUCGAUAAUUCGUACGAUUUCUUUUAAAAUGUAUUACGUAGUUAGUAGUGAAGAUUAAAACUAAAUUUGUUCAUAGUUACUGCAGCUUAGCUUUGGUCACGGGGACAGUAGUGGCGGCCAAUACAACAUUCAAAUGCUAACCGCCAAUAUUUUCAGUGUUAUUGAUCUCGUGUAUAGUAGCUAUUGGCUACGGAGGACACAGGAACCCUUGACACAAGACCAGUAGCAUGAAAAAUUAGUUGAGAAUAGAAAGUUCUACAGGCCGCCACUCCGGUUCUAUUCUACAAGCAUCUUGAGCUCCGGCAUACACUAGUCAGCUAAAUGCUGAAACGCCCGCAGCUGUUUGUGUGUAGGAAUCCUACUCGUCUUCCGCCGUUAUUUCAUUGCUAGUCGCUGUGUCAACAAAGGUUUGAAAUUGUUGAGUAGGUAUUAAGUUUUUCUGGCCGCUUGGAGGUAUACUUGAAAUGAAAUCCAUUAUCGUUUGUGCUUUUUACAGAUAAAUUUCUAGACGUUUAUUAAUCUGGCUUAUCGAAAAUUUAAGUUAGAAGUAGCCGCAUUAUUACUGCCAGACGUUGAAAUAUCGUGAAUGUAUUAGAAUUAAUGAGUUUGCGUGCACUUAAAAAAAAAUCUGAGUGCAAGCCGUGAUGUUCGUACUACAUCUGAAUCGAGAAAUCAGUAAACUCGCUUUUUCAUUCAAAUUUCAAAGUCAAUUUAUAGGUUCGCAAUUUUUUAUACUUUUAAUCGAGUUUUGUUGGUGUAACUCAUAUAUAGUGAACUCUUUAUCUUCUGGUAUACGGUUUGAUUCGUCUUACUCGCUUCCACAUAUUAAGUGACCUGUAUAGAAAUGUACUUAUUUUUAACUGGUAUAUGACCGUUACACGAAUACCACCGUUUUAUUUAUCUGUUGAGCUUCUGAACAAGGAUGUGUUCGCUGCGGCUGCUUGUGGCUUGAAUUUUAUUACGUCAAUGGAUUUCGAUAAUAUUUCAGUGGAUUCGCUCAUUUUAUAAUGACGCAUGUACCUACAGUACCUUAGAUAAGCUUCAUACCAAAAUCUACUCAUAGACCACAGGUUAUAAUCUCGGAAAUGCGAUGUGGUUGUGAGUUGUGAAUGAGAAGGUAGACGAUUUGUGCAUAGCUGCUGAUAGUGGUGAUCUGUCUUGAUAGCAAUAGCAACGGGAGUGAAUUAGUGUACGCUACUUAGCGUCGAAAGCCUGACACGUAUUGUAAGCAUAUUGCUGUAGUGGCUUAGCUUAUCUCAAUGUAUAUUUGAUGUGCUUUGGUCGUUAGAAGCAACCGUACUCGUGAUACUAACUUAUUAAAAGUAUCCUACCCUUUAUCAUUUUCAUCUGUAGAAAUGUACAGUAUCAAUUUAGAAUGUGUUACCCAGUCCGUUUAUGACCAGUAAUGUAGUUUUGAACCUGUUUUUCUUACAACGUGCUUCUUGACCAUGUCGGCGUACCAUUGUAAUAAUUUGAGCUGCUGUAUGAAUGGAAGCUUGAACUGCUGUCGUAAUGGUCUCUUAACUACGUUUUAAAUUUUUAAAAACCAUUAUAAUUGAGGCAUCUUAGAAAUUACCGAUUUCAUUAGUGAGACCCAACAGUUUCCCUGUCGAAGAUCGCACUUCACAUGGUUUGAACCUCGCGGCCCUCAACAUGGCGAUUUCGUCGUGAGAAUUCGUAACGAGAAGUUGCUCUGCAGUGAGAAGUGGAGCAUAUAGUACCGAAUGAUGCCUCAUCAUCCUACGUUCAGUAUCGUCACAAUACUUGAUCGAACAGUUGAGGAAUACGUAAGUGACGGAUAUUGGAAGGCACCAAUUUACCCAACACCACUAGGAAGUCUUACCUUUUAAUUACCUUUAAAUUUGGCUUCAACUGGUCGUAAUUCUUAUAAUUGAAAGUUGCCGUAGACGAUUGUAAAGCAGCUUUUUUACCCUGAUCACUGAAUGUAUUUGUAAAUGUGCAAUCUUUCAACUGUACCUAUGUGAUAAGAUAAAUAAAAUACUAGAACUUUU